AAGUGUAUGUGUAUCUAGUUCUCUUGUAGUGGAUUUAAAGACUUCUAGAUCUCUAGCUAGAUCUAGGCUAUACUUCUAUACUUUUAAUAAAUAGGGCCUAGCAGAACUCAACUCUUAUUUCAGUCUAAUAGAGCUCUUUAGUAAAAAAGUUCAUUUAAAGCGGUGUUUCACUUUUUCUUGAUUCAUGAUUCCUAAUAAUAGUAUAGGCUAGUCCUGAUCAUAAUGGAAGAAUGUAAACAACGGUGUUCAAUCUUUAAUUUUAUAUUAUGAAGUUGCAGUGUACAAUCAAUAAACUUAGAAAUGAAGCGGUCGAAAAAUGACCAAAUUCGUUCAAGUAUCAGUCGCUACUUUAAAUGGAGACAAUAUUCUGACACUGAGAUGCCAUCUAGAAAAGAUCUUCAACGUGAACAGGGUUUGUCUGAUAUGUCAGUUCGGAGGCGUACCAGAUCAAGAACAAGCGUUGAAAAUACUUUAGCACUGAGCAGUAUUUCAGGGGACGCAACAGCUUGUGAUCAGCAAUUCACGAGAAUGAAGGGAUUCAUCAGUGGUGCUGUCGCCCCUUAUUACUCAGAACUUCAACCAUUGCUGUUUCCAAUGUUUUCUCAUACAUACCUUGAAAUGUUAUGCAAUGGCCAGAAAGUCCCAGCUCAAAAAUUUCAUGAGCGCCAUUCAGAAACAUUUAAAGAUGAAAAAGAUAUACAGUUUUUGAAAAUUUUAAAAAGACUAGGAACUAAAAGUGAUGUCAGCACCACAAAGGAAGUUAUUGAGUUCAGAGAAAACCGUUUUGUUCUCACUGUUGGUGAAGAAACACUAGAAUACUUAAUGAGGCAUUUGAAGACUGAAGAUAACAUGAUAAUGUUGCAAAUCUUCAACCAGUAUAUAAAAAUUAACAUAACACAGGCAGAAGGAGUUUUCAAUAAAGGUAAAAUUGAGCUGAAACCACUGCCAGAAGUUCAAGAAGAAUCUCAAAUCCAACCAGAAAUUACAGCACAACCUGUAGGGGAUGGUCCACCAGGAGAGUUGUCCUUGGAGGAGGAGUUGUCUGCUGCUAUCAAAGCUGUGCGAGAUUUACCACCAUGUUUACCAUCCAUUUGCUUUUUCACCUUUUUAAAUACUUACCAAGGACUGUGUUCUGCUACAAUAUCCCGUGACAAGAAAAAAUUAAGCGGCUGCUUUGAAGAUGCCAGCAUCUCUGUCUGGAGCCUGGAGCCAGAUGUAUUCCAGAAACUACCAGCUGAGUGUGAUGUCAGCAAGAUUGUGUUGUCAGCCGACCUCCUUUAUUGUACAGAGGAUGAAAUUAAGGAAAAAUUGACAAACAAAUCCAACCAGAGUACAGAGACAGCAAAGCUGAUAGGACAUCGUGGUCCUGUUUACAAAAGCAGAUUUUUAUCAGACUCCAAAUCUUAUGUUAUGUCUUGUUCUGAGGAUUCUACAGUACGUCUUUGGAAUAUGUCAAGCCAGACAAAUGUUGCUGUUUACAAGGGUCACAGUUCAGCAGUGUGGGACUUGUGUAUUAGCUCCACAGAUAUUUGGUUUGCUAGUUGUUCACAUGAUAAUACUGCGAAGGUUUGGUCAUUUGACAGAACAUAUCCACUGCGUUCUUACAUAGGGCACACAUUUGAUGUUGAUUGUGUAGAAUUCCAUCCCAACAAUAACUACAUCGCCACAGGAUCUGGUGAUAAAACUGUUAGAUUUUGGUCUUUAUCAGAGGGGCGCACAGUCCGCUUGCUGCAGGGUCAUAGAGGUUCUGUGUUGGCACUGGCUUUUUCACCAGAUGGAAAACUGCUUGCAUCAGCUGGUGAAGAUAGAAGAAUCAGAGUGUGGGAUCUUGGAUCUGGACAGAUGUUAAAAGACUUAAGAGGACACAGCGAUACUGUGUUUGCAUUAUCAUUUGAUGAAAACAGUUCAAUAUUGGCAUCUGGUGGCUCCGAUUGUUGUGUUCGACUGUGGGAUGUUAAAAGAGCUACAGAUUCACAUCAAAUUGAAGGUCAUUCAUCCCCUGAACUGCUAGGAGCCUUUCCAACAAAAUCAGCCCUCAUAUCUUACUUGUGUUUUGACAAGGUUCUUUUAGCAGCAGGAGCUAGUUCAUAAUGUUCUUAAGUUGUGGACAGAAAUAGUGCCUAUUGCAUUGUGUAAAACACAGAUCUUAAUACAGACAUUAUAAUAAUUACAAGCUCUUAUGUUGAAAUUUGGUAGUACUAUCAUGCAUCAAGUUUCAUAAGGAAAAAAUAGCUUGAAAAAUGUGGAUUCCCAAUUCCUGACCAUUUGUAUUGUUUGGUAAAAAAAAAUCUCUUGUUAAUUGAAUUUGUUACAUUUUACUUAUGUAAAUACAUGCUUUUAUAUGA